UGGAUGCUGCUGUGCUGAUGCGUUCUUGCCACUCCAGCAGCGGAGCGCCCAUAUGCGGGCAUUCGGCCUGCGUUCCUUGCAGACCUGUAGCUGCAGCCAAUUCGGUGCGCCUGGCCGGUGGGAGGUGCUGCACCGUAGCGUCCUCCUUAUCCAUCUUCUUCAGCCAACAGCUGAAAAUGCAGGAUCCAUCUCACACAUUGCCGGUAGGAAAAAGGUUGGAGAUCACAUCUACAAGAGAGACGUGUGGAGGCAACCUUCCUGUGCUGUCCUCCGCUCCAAUCUGAUCGCCCUGCAUCAGCUGCGCACACCAAGUGCUCGACCAAAUGUCUGUGAGACCCAUCGUGCAUGUUGAUCUGCUUGCUUGCUUCCUCUUGACCUGCUGGCUUCCUUCCACUCUUCUUCAAAACCACUAUCGUAUGCUGCUCCGGGAGACAUUGCCUAAGUAAUUGGCCAAUCUCAAUUCUACAAAUCAAAGGGCUUCCAAACUGGGCACUCAAAAUGCAUAUGAAUAAUUAAAUUCACAUUACAAAAAUAUUAGUUCCAUAUGAGAAUGCUAUUCUUGCUUAGUACUAACUGUUAGAUAAAUUCCAAGCAAUUGUGUAAAUAAUAUGUACCUACUAUGCUCAUUUGUGCUCAUAUAAACAUAUUUAAGUAUACUGUACAAAAUUCCUUUGCACCACCUUCUGCUAACUUUCCAUACUAAACCAGUUUAACUUGUCUGUUUUGCUUGUAGCAGACAACAUUUACAUCAAACAAAAAAGGCGAAAAAAGGAGACACUAGACCAAGCAGACAACAUUUACAUCAAAACAAAAAGGUGGAAAAAGGGGACACUAGACCAAGAGUAGCUCGUUGACAAUGAUACCAAUACAGGGAGAGCUAACUACAAUAUCUGAUCUGCGUCUAUCAACAACCAAUGUUGUUUUACAUGUAAGAGUUUCAAGGAUGUGGGAAUUCAGAGAAGGAGGAAAUGAGAAAGGAAAUAUAAAACACCUUGACUUGGUUCUCAUUGACCUCAAGGGUGAUGCAAUCUAUGCUGAAAUACCACCAGAUGUCAUACCAAUUUUGAAGCCUCAACUAAGAGAAAAACUAAUCAUAUUCGUUGGCAAAUUUAUAGUUGAAAAAGCUAAACCUGGAUAUAAAGUGGUUCAAAACCCAUAUAUGCUGAGGCUUAACAGAAGGACUACUAUUGCCACAUCAAAUGCUAAUGAUUUGGAUUUUCCAAAGUACACAUUCUCAUUAACUCCAAUCGAAAUAUUGCCACAAUUUGUUAAAAACAAAGAACGUUUCCUAGAUGUGCUUGGAAAAAUCACCGCUGUAUCAAAUCCUGCAGUAGUGCGCAACACUGCAGGGGACCUCAUGAUGAGAAGAAUAAUAAAACUCCAGAACCUAAGCGGAAAUACAAUGGAUUUAUCUCUAUCUGGCAUGCGGGCUUUAGAGUUCGAUGGUGACGCUGUCCUUAAAAUUGGACAAAAGAAUCACAUAAUUGCUAUCUUUGUUGGCACCUUAAUGAAACAGUAUAAAGAUGGAACACAAUUUCUAAGCGGAACAUCAGCUUGUCGCUGGUACAUCAACGAGAAUGAUAUACCUGCUAUAAAAGCAUUUCAAAGAAGCUUACCAGUAGACGCAACACCUGUUGAAAAAAUUGAUUUACCAAAUGAAGAUCAGACUCAUGUAGCUUUUGAAGAAAGAAAUCUGUUACAACUGAACGACAUAGAUCCUUUUACUCAAAAGGAUGAACGAUAUCAGUGCACUGUAACAAUCAUACGAAUACCAGAGAAACAACAUUGGUGCUAUCGUGCUUGUCGUGUAUGCUCAUCAAAAAUGAUAUCAGCACCUGAUGGGUUCCAGUGUACAAAGGAUGGAGGCUGCCCUUCAAAACAAUUUGAAUGGAAGUACAAAAUACCAUUUAUAGUUGCAGAUGGCACAUAUACUCUUGAGUUCAUGAUGUUCGAAAGAAGAGCUACCGAACUUAUUGGUAAAAGUGCUGAAACAUUAAGGAAAUACAAUGACCCAGAUAUAAUUCCAAACGAAAUUUCACAAUGGAUUGGGCACAAGUUCACAUUUGUUGUAAGGAUUUUAUAUAAAAAGAGUAUGAGGACUGAACAUCCAUCAUUUGAGGUUCUGUUGAUAAAAGAUCGCCAUGGAAAGCAAGCAGUACUCCCAUUGUUAAACACUCAAUCAUCAGCACAAGAAAUAGGAACAUCAUCAGAUUUACUUCCAACCAAGGAUCUACCUGAACUAAUGACUAUAUCUUCGAAAACACCAACAGAUCAGGAACUUGCAAUGCUAACUCAAUCCUUUGGAGAAUUUGAUGAUAUGGACAUUGAUAAGUCGCCAAGAGAUUGGGAUGAUACACCAUCUGCAGCUAAAAGAAGGCCUUAUGAUGAUAUUGAGGAUGAUGACAACAAACAGGUGUUUAAGAAAGGCAAGAAAUCUCAUAUGCAGCCAUCAACCAAGUAACAAGUUACAACAGAUAUUGGCCAUGUGACAACUAUUUUGGUGCUUUCUUCAGAGCUGCCUUUUGUGGCUUCCUGUGUGACAGCCAAACAAAACUUAUGCCCACAAUACUUUUGCAGUGGCUCUCAUUUUGGUGUAUAUAAUAAUGCCACUCUUCCAAGUAACUUGUUUCAACAACGCCUUUGGCCAUGUGACAACUAUUUUGGUGCUCUCUUCAGACCUGCCUUUUGUGGCUUCCUGUGUGACAGCCAAACAAACUUAUACCCACAAUACUUUUGCAGUGGCUCUCAUUUUGGUGUAUAUAAUGCCACUCUUCCAAGUAACAAGUUACAACAGAUAUUCGCUAUGUGACAGCGCUGCCUUUUGUGGCUUCUGGUGUGACAGCCAAACACAACUCAUAUCCACGUCAAUUCUGUAGUGCCUCUCAUUGUGGUAUAUAUAAUGCCACUCUGCUUAGUGUCCCUUCAAAGUGGGGUUCUGUGAUACUUGCAACACUAAAUGUACCUCUUAUGAAAUAUAUCUAUAUGUAAUAUAUAAAACCAUGAACUAUUAUGAACACUGGUAUAUAUAAGUUUGGGUUCUACUUUCUUGUCA